AUGGCUGUUGAAACUCCCGAUUCAGCAGGAAGUGUCCAUCAACGUCCACCAAAAUCAUGCUUCGCCAUCCGAUAUCUUAUGGCAGUACUAGGUUCUAUCGGUCUAGCCAUAAUUUAUGGAUUCAAGGUCAAUGUCAGUAUAGCCAUUGUCGCAAUGGUAAAUCAUACCGCACUUAAAGGCCCCGAAAAUCUCACAUCAAUCAACGAGACAGUGAACUUCAAUGUGACAUCUAAACUUAAAGAAGACGGACCAUUCCUCUGGGAUGGAAGCAUGCAAGGCGUUAUUUUAUCAGCAUACUUUGCUGGAUAUUUAGUUUCGAUGCUUCCUGGCGGACGGAUGUCUGAAUUAGUGUCUGCGAAGUGGGUGAUGAAUGGUGCAGUUCUUCUCAAUGUUGUGGCUUCUGUGUUGUCACCACCCGCAGCUUACGGGCACUACUGGCUGUUUGUCUUCAUGAGAUUUCUUCAAGGAAUCGGCGGAGGUGUCAGCUUCCCAGCGAUGCAUGUUAUGAUUUCCAAGUGGGCGCCCCCCAAUGAGAGAAGUGUCUUGACGUCAAUCAUCUACGCGGGAACGGCACUUGGAACUGUGAUCGCGACAUUGCUGUCAGGGAUAAUUGCUGCUAGUAUGGGCUGGGAGUGGGUAUUUUAUUUUGAAGGACUCCUUUGUCUUAUCUGGUGUACUGCCUGGUGGCUGAUGAUUGAAGACUCUCCAGAACAGCAGCGUAGAUUCAUCAGCCAGGAAGAAAAGAAUUACAUUCUUAAAUCACUUGGUCAGAGUGAAAAUACGGAGCAUCAUAAUUUGGCAGUUCCUUGGGGACAAAAUACAACACUCUCUUCUAUUCCGUACUUAUGCAUGUGGUUCUUCACGAUGGCCAUCAGUAAAAUAUUAGCAAUAUUUGAGGCAAAGAAUUGGAUUUCUAGAACUCUUUCACGAAAAAUUGGAACCUUCUGCAGCUCUGUAAUACCAACAAUCUGCUUGAUUGUGGUGGCAUUCGCUGGAAACAAUCGAGAAGUAGCUGUUACAUUUAUGACAAUUGGAAUAACUGCUAUGGGUGCUAUGUACAGCGGAUUUCUAGGCAACCACAUUGAUAUCGCUCCUAACUUUGCUGGUACUCUUGUAGCAAUAACAAAUUUCUUCGCGACUAUUCCGGGAAUAGUUAUGCCGAUUAUUAUCGGGCAUGUUACUUCGAAAGAUCCCUCAAUCGCUACGUGGAGAAUUAUUUUCUUCAUAACUUCUGGAUUUCUGCUGAUCGAAGUAGUUGUCUUCAGUAUUUUCGGGUCGAGUAAAGAAGAAUCUUGGAAUAACGUUGAGUCUCAUGAUGAAGAAACAAGCGAUCAAACUCUUCCUCUCGAGGAAAAAAACAGACAUUAA